UCGGGCCCCCGGCAGGGGUUAGGUCAUGGCUGACGCGUUGAGGGAGCGCACGGCGCAGCUAUUGACUGACUACCUGGAGUACUGCGCCCGGGACCCCGGCAGCCCCGCGCGGACGCCGUCCACGCCCGAGGCCGCGGUGCUGCGCUACCUGGCCGCCCAGAUACGGCAGCGCCACCAGCGUUUCUUGUCGGCUUACCGCGGCUACCGCGGAAACCGCGUGGAACUGGUGGCGCGGUUGGAGCAGGAUUUACUCUCCAACCCCCAAACCCUCAGCUGGGGCCAUGUGGUAGCGCUCUUGACCUUCGCGGGGACGCUGCUGGAGAGACCGCCGCCGGGGACCUACUUGAACCUGACGCCGGCCCAGCAACAGGAGCUGGAGUGGGAGGCCAACGUUGGCCAGGACUGCCAGCACCUGGUGGCUUUGCUCUGCAAUCGGCUCACCGGACGGCAUCGCGCCUGGCUGGAGGCUCACGACGGCUGGGAUGGCUUUUGUCUCUUCUUCUCACCCAUGCUGCCAUCUUCUUGGAGAAGACUGCUGGUCCAGGCUCUUCUGUCAUGCUUUACAGUAAUGACCUUAAUCUACUUCUGGAGAAGAUUAUUAUACAGAAGCUUUCUCCUUGCUCUCUUUUGGAUCAUUCAUUCUGGGGGAAGCCAGCUUCAUGAAGCCAACAUAAUGAAGACAUUCAAGCAAUCCUAUAGAGAAGACCAUAUGAUGACAAACUGAGGCCUCCUAAUAAGUCAUGUGAGUAAGCUAUCUACAAGUGGAUCUUCCUGCCCCAGUCAAGCCUUCAGAUGACUGCAGACCUAACCAACACCUUGACUAAACAAAUCUGAGUUAAAACCACCCAGUGAAGUCACCUCCCAAUUCCUGACACAUACAAAGUAUGAGAUAAUAAAUGUUUGCUGUUUAAGCAA